CCCCAGACAAACCCCUCAGGGUGGUGUCAAGGAAUGCCGCGGUUGUAUCUGUCUGCUUUGCGUGGUCACAUCGAUGCAGUCCCGUCCCUCUGCGCCACUCGAUCCUGGAAAGCCGCCGACCCGUCUGAGACAGGGCCGACGGAUUACUCUACCGGUACGUUGCCUUGCCCGAGAGGGACCUCGGGUGAUGCAGGCGCUGGUCAUCAGAGAAACGUAAACACAAGAAGAACAACCCGCGCAUCCUGCUCCUCGACCCCCCGAUGUCGGGCGCGCCGGAUGGAGUCUACUACGCGAUCAUGACGGCUGAGGGCUCCGAAAGGCUCGCCGGAGCACUGACCGCAGCGAGGUGGCGGCAAGAUCACAGCAGUUCCACAGCGUUGCGAGGCCUCGGACAUCCAUCACACUGGUGCGGAAGAGACCGUGACCCCUCUCGGAAGCAACAGAGAGCAUUUAUUCGGGGGCAAGGAUACCAUGAAAGAAGCCUAUGGAUGUACGGGUGUUACGCUCGAAUAGUCAGACGUAAUGAGGCAGGGGGGGGGCAGUAUGAUAUAUUAUAUGCGCGAUAUGCGAUGGAAAUCUUCCAAAGGCUGAGAGAGCAAUCCGAUGAGAGCUGGCUCCCCCCGGCCAAUCGAUGCAGUCAUGCAGUACCAGAUACGCUUUCAGACUUUUUUAUUUUAUUUUAUUUUUUCACGGAUCGUGUUGCAGUGUUAUCUUGCACCGGUAGGACGAGGACGAUGAGGGCUGGCUUCCCCCGGCCAACCGACGCAGUCAUGCGGCACCAUACAUACUUUCGACCUUUUUUAUUUUAUUUUAUUCUAUCUCGCGCCAGCGGGGCUAGGGAUGAGAGAGGAUAGUUCUCGAUGUGAUAGCUUGGGGUGUGUGUGCUUGGCGUAUUAUUGGGUGCAGACUCCAAUGGCUGCAUCGUCACACAUCCCGUCAGAUGAGCCCAAUACGACAAGGAGACGAACCAGCUAUCGCAUGAUGACCCUCAGCCAAGAGCCUUCCGAA